UUAGAAUCUAACUAAUAUAGGAUAGUAAUCUAGAUCUAGUCUAGACUCUAGAAAGAUAGAGUUAUUCCGCCAAGGGGCCAAAUUAGAUUGUUUAAACCAGUCAAUCAGCAUUGCAGAAUAAAGAUAUGAAUACAGCAAACAGCUGUGUCAUCUGUCAGCAACCUCUGGGCAGCAAGAAGCUGCUCCUGCAUGGUAUCAAGUGCCUGAAAUUUGACAUCCGUGGCAAGCUCCAGUCACUGUUGCCACAAUCAGACUUUGAGAUGCUUUACAACAGAGAUAUCUUCCCUGAGCCCAGGAUAUGUAACCUGUGUUUUGUCACCAUCAAGCAGGUUCCUAAAGGGUUAACCAUUAUAAGAGAGUUGCUGGGUGAGCCGAUUAACAUCAACAUUUACAAGCCUCAUAGAAAAAGUUGGUGUUUUAAGCCAGAUAUUAGUGGACAACUUGAUGAAGGGGAGAUGUCAUCAUUACACAACAGACAAGAUAGCCUCGAUAAAGAUGGGAACAUUUCUGAAACAGUGUCUAAUCAGCAUACACUGUUGAAUGGAGGUAAACCAGAGCGUUCUCCUAUAAAUCAUUCACCUUCUUGUGGGGUAUUGCUUGAACAAACUAGGACACAAAGUGCUCAAGAAUGUAAUACAUCACAAUACAAGCAUGGUUUAAUAACUUUAAGAAAAGGAAGUCUAAAUGUGGAAGAGGCUGGAAUUGUACAAAAUUAUGCUACUACAAAAUUGAAUAAAAAAGAUUCAUCAAAACAUCAAGAUCGAAACAAUUCUAAAUUAAAAUGUUUUAAUGGAAACCUUCGAUCAAAUGAUGAGACAAAGAUUUCCAACUUCAAUGAUAUAUCAAAUAGCAUAGGAGGAGUUUAUUUCACUAGUUUAAUACCUGAGAAUUCUAAUAUAUCUUGUGAAAAAAAAAGUGAAAAAAUAGGAUCAAAGUCCAGAUUACUCAGACAAAAAACACAAGAACCAUCUCAAGAUUUGAAGGAAAAGUCUGACACCAAAGCAGUUAACGGCAGUCAUCUUACACAUGUGUGUGGUGUUCCAGGUUGUGGUCAAGACUUUCCCAUGUUACAGCUGCUUGAAGAGCAUAGCCUGACCCAUUCAGAAAAUAUUUCUUUGACAAGCAACUCUACAACUGGUGGAGCAAGUUUUGAAAAUUCAACCAGCCUACAGGAGAGCCAUAGAGUUGGAAGAGCUGGCAGAUACAGCUGUAGUUACCCAGGAUGCAACAGUGUAUUCACCAGGCGGGACAAAUACGAGCUCCACCUAUGCUCUCACUCCAGGGAAUCCUUUUUGUUCUGUGAGAAGUGUGGGAAGCAGUUUGGGUGCCAGCGCUAUCUAGAUGUUCACUACAAGGUCCAUGAAAAGAAUGAAAGAAAAGAACUCAUACCACCACAGAGAACCGUGACCUGUGACAUACCUGGCUGCAAUAAAAGAUUUACCAGUCGUGUUUAUAUGAAGCGACAUAUUCUUUAUUUUCACCGUGAUAAAAGACCCGGGUCCCAAGGUUUAUAUCAUUCUUGUGAUGUUGAGGGCUGUGAUAAAAAGUUUUCUCUGAAAUCAACUUUGUCUCGUCACAAUCUUCUUGUACACAACCAAGGUGAUUACAAGCUUCAUCGGAAAGUUGUCAAGUACCCCUGCACUCAGGGAGGGUGCCUUAAAGUGUUUAAUAGGAAAAAGCUUCUGGAGGAUCACAUGGUUGGAGAGCAUGGGAAAAUGUCAAGGCUUUUAUUACCUCAGAAAACUAAAGAGCAGGAUGUUUUUGAAAAAUUGUGUUUGCACUGCGGGAUUGUUCUCACUUCCUCCUCACAGCUUCCUCAGCAUGAAAAUAUAUGCCACAGUUUAGUGAAUACUACAGAGUCAGCAUCUUACCCAUGUCAGAUGAAAAAUUGUGAAGCCAGCUUUAGGACAUUUGUGGAGAGAGGUGAACACGUCAGAUCUCAUGCUGAGAACCCACCAUUCAAAUGUGAAGUUGAGGAUUGUAAGGCUAGGUUCUAUCUAAUGAAAAAUCUUGACAACCAUUUAUGGCACCACUGUAAAAAAGUUUCCACUUGUGAUGUCGAUGGGUGCUCACAGAUCUUUGAUGAUCAGCUACAGCUGGCUAAACACAGCCAAAUCCAUUUUGAUGGCAAAAUGAAAUGUCCCUGGAGAAACUGUUCCAGCAGGUUUACAGCAAUGGGAACACUGAAACAACACUUCCUUGCACACAGUCGAUGUCUGAAGGCAAGCUUUGGUGCAGACUUCUGCUGCUUGGUGUGUGAUAGAGUUUUUAGCAAUAAAUAUGGUCUAAGGAACCAUCAGCGCACACAUAUUGAGGAAGUUUCUGGUAAAACAAAAAGGCCAGAGAGUGCAGUUUAUGAAUGUGAGGAACCCAACUGUCAUGUUGUAUUCCGUCAGCACAAACAUUUCUUUGACCACUUCCUUGGCCAUUAUACCCAGGAUCAGACUAGUUGUGACCACUGUCAACAGACUUUUACCAACAUGAUGAUGAAAUCUAAACAUGGGAAGGUUCACAACAGUGGUAAAUACAGGUGCCCUUGGAGAAAUUGUGAUAAGACAUUUGCUUCCUCAUUCUUUCACGUGAAAAAACAUUUAUAUCGUCAUGUGAUGUCAAUGCCAGAGGUAUCUGCCGACAGACCCCACACAUGCUCACACUGUGAUAUGGCAUUUAGGAACAGAAAUAACCUUAUCCAUCAUCAAGCACAACAUUCAGAGAAACCUGACUAUGUGUGUACAGUGUGUGGUAAAAGGUUCCACCACAAUCAUCUCAAGCGCCACAUGCUGACACACAGGCAGGAGAAGCCUCAUGAGUGCCAACACUGUGGGGUCCGCUAUGGCACUGUGAAUGGUCUCAAGUUUCAUGUUUUACAGGCUCACAACAUUGGCAACUGGCCCUUUAAGUGCAGUUUUUGUGGAAAAGGAUUUAUAAGUUCUACUGAGCUGCGCAGACACAUCCCAUCCCACACUAAAGAAAAGCCAUUUUCCUGUGAAACAUGUGGUGUUAGCUUUGCUACUCAGACAGGGUACAAAGGUCAUGUUAGAAAACAUUCAGGCGAGAAAUAUAUUUGUGAUGUGAAGGGGUGCGGAAAGGUGUACAAGACACCUCUAUCUCUUAGGGGACACAAAGCAGAGCACGCAGGAUUCAGUAAAGCCUGCUCUUUCUGCAGGAAGGUCUAUACAAAUCCUUAUGGACACAAGUGUAAAGCAAGCAGGGAUGCUAAAGCAAACAGCAAUAAAACAGGAAGUUGUAUUCAAGUUCCUGUCACAGUUCCACCACCUGCUUCACCACCAGUGUCCCUUACAACAUUGACUGCUGUACAGCAUACCUCAGCUGUGCUGCCCAGCACAGACUCGCAGCAAAUAACUCCUAACAUGUUAGGGAUGCAGGGGACUACACCACAUUCCCAGAUCUUUACCAACGCAGUAUCAUCAGGUUCAUCUUUAGUUCAGAGCUUGGGUUCUACUCCAACGCAUGAGACACAUCCCACAAUGCUCAGCCAGGAAGUGGUGCAUGAUGGUCAGCAUUUAACACCAGGGGCUGUAGCAUUGGAUGCAACAAGGACUACCGUUAAUAAUGACUAUUUAGCUUUAAAUGCACUUGUAUAUUGGGAUGGUCAUCAUAUGACUUAAACAGUUAGAUAUGAAUUUUCUGUUUGGCUCAUAUCUGAAGUGUGUUAAAAUAAUUAAAAAAAAAAAAUCUUUUGUAUAUUCCAUGUUACAGCGGUGUUAUUUAUUCAGCAUCAUUUAGCAUUUGUAUCAUUUUUAUUGUUGUGUUGUCUUAUUUAUAUCCAUUAUUGUUUUAUUAUGAGCAUAUCAAUCCGUCUAGUAUUUGAGAUUAAUAACAAAAAAAAUGCAUACAUAGUUAAAAUGUUAAUGAAAUCAAGUUCUGUAAAAAAGAAGUUGUAAGAUUUAUCUGCAAUUGAAAUAAACUUGAUAAAAUGGUA